AUGUUCUUCACGUCGCUUUGCAUCUUCUUCCUUACCUGUUUCUCCAGCGUCUUGGCCGGUAAUGCUAUGCGCCGGUUUGCAACGAACGACAACCUGGUCGGCCGCUACUGCAACCGCUACGAUCCUCCGCAGGGCCAGUUUGUAUGCUUCCAGUACAUCGGCAACAUUCGAGACCACAUGACCUCGACCGAUGCCUCCAUGCAUGGAUACGUCAACUCGGCCGGCAAUAGGUUUGUGGUCAUGUUCGACGGCAAGACCGAGGCUUUUAGCACGGACAGGAUGGACGUGGUGAUCAGCUACAGUGUGCCUUGUCUGGAGGUCAGCACGCUCGACAGCGGCGGAGACAGCAGAGAGUACCAGGGCUGUUCGUGGAGCCCACCCAUCUUGGUCUACUAG